AUGGCCUAUUACUAUAAUGACUAUAAAAAGAAUGAUGAGGUGGAGUUUGUUAGAACUGGCUAUGGGAAGGACAUGGUAAAAGUUCUCCAUAUUCAACGAAAUGGAAAAUAUCAUACCAUUAAAGAGGUGGCAACUUCAGUGCAACUCACUCUGGGCUCCAAAAAAGAUUACCUGCAUGGAGAUAAUUCAGACAUCAUCCCAACAGACACCAUCAAGAACACAGUACAUGUCUUGGCAAAGUUAAAAGGGAUCAAAAGCAUAGAAUCCUUUGCUAUGAAUAUCUGUGAGCAUUUUCUUUCUUCUUUUAACCAUGUCACCCGAGCUCAAGUCUACGUGGAAGAAGUCCCUUGGAAACGUUUUGAAAAGAAUGGGGUUAAACACGUGCACGCAUUUAUUCACACUCCCACUGGAACACACUUCUGUGAGGUUGAGCAGAUGAGGAGUGGAACUCCAGUCGUUCAUUCUGGAAUCAAAGACCUCAAGGUCUUGAAAACAACCCAGUCUGGAUUUGAAGGAUUUAUCAAGGACCAGUUCACCACCCUCCCUGAGGUGAAGGACCGCUGCUUUGCCACCCAAGUUUACUGCAAGUGGCGCUACCAGCGGAGCAGAGACGUGGAUUUUGAGACCACCUGGGACACUGUUCGAGAAAUUGUCCUUGCAAAAUUUUCUGGCCCCUAUGACAAAGGCGAGUACUCACCGUCUGUCCAGAAGACCCUCUAUGACAUCCAGGUGCUCUGCCUCAGCCAGGUCCCUGAGAUAGAAGAUAUGGAAAUCAGCCUGCCGAAUAUUCACUACUUUAACAUAGACAUGUCCAAAAUGGGACUGAUCAACAAGGAAGAGGUCCUGCUGCCAUUAGACAACCCCUUUGGCAGGAUUACUGGUACGGUGAAGAGGAAGUUGGCUUCAAGGCUGUGA